UCGAGAAUUCGGAUCCCCACCAUCUCUCGCUCAAUCCAUCACCAACCAAGUCAAUCGUUACAUUUUCCAGCACAUAUCAUAUUCCUAAUUAUAAUAAUGGUGUCCUUCACUCUUUCCGCGACCGUCGCGUUGCUCGCUUCUGUCAUUUCUGCGGCCCCGACAUCUUCCAAUGGUCUUGUAGCUCGCCAGGCUACUCUUCCAGAGGAAUGCGAGGAUUACUGCAGCGUCGCUGCCGGCUGCGUCUGUAUCCGCAGACCUACCAACUGUGUCGCGACCUACUUGGUAGAGGACGACGACAACUGCAGCACGGUAGUCAACAAGUACAACAACUUCACGGCUACCGAUCUAUACGCCUGGAACCCUGAAAUCGGCAGCACCUGUUUCGGCCUCCGAGCUCACGUGCCUGUCUGCAUUGGUGUCACUGGCUACACUUACCCCGGCCCCGUUGAGGGCGGUGAUAUCUACACCCCCGAGCAGAACCCAGUGCCUGUCAUGGGCGGAAUUGUGGCCAACUGCACAAAGUUCGAAUACACCAACGGGCAAGGCAAGCCUACCCAGGCCGAGAUUUUCGAGGAGAAUGGUAUCACUCGCGCGCAGUGGAACAGCUGGAACUAUCCAUCUGAGGAUUCCAGCAGGGAUGACUUGUUUGCUUGGGCUAAUUACUUCUCGUGCGUCGAGGCGUAG